AUGGCAACAACAAACAGUCCACAAAUCAUUCCUCCUACUGCUGCCGCUCCUGCAUCCCCUUUUCCUACUGUCCAGGGAGUGGCAUACACACCUAAGCGAGUACUUGGUCUGCGCCUCGCGGAUAACCGUCUGGCUUUCAGAGUGAGGCUCACUUUCUUCCUAUCUAUCGUCCCGAUGAUUUUCUGCAUCGCUUUUGCCAUCGCGGUGUGGUUCGUAUCGGUGCCUGUGUAUAUCUGGUAUUACGUUCUGUUGAUCAUUACGGUAGUAGCUCCUACAGCCUUAUACUAUUCGUUUGCGAAUAACAGCCCCUCGUUUAUGGGUCUUUUCGCUUUCCUCAACGGUGCAUUGGCGGUGUGCCAAAUUCUCUCAGUCUGGCAGGUGUUGAACUAUGUUAACAGGUGUGAAACUUUUGUAGACGAAUGCAAAGUAUCUGGACUCAGGGUAGUUCCAGCCGUUGCAGAUCCAACAUAUGCCUGUUCGUUCUACUCGGUGAUGGAGUAUUCGUCUUUUCAACACUGGGCGGAUAAUAAGGACUCAGCCCUCGCGAUGUACCUCUCGUUCUUCAUACCGGUCGUGGUACUUCAUCUGAUGCUGUUGGCCUUGGGUCUGAUGUGGUAUUCGAAGUUGAGGAGGGGUCUCAGAAUCUCUACUACUGGUCCAAUCGGGGGUGUCGCUGCCACCGUUAUUACUAGUGGGUAUGUCGCUAGAGGUACUGAAGCUAAUGACACGGACAAAGUUGCCGUUGGUGUACCCGUCUCGGCUCCGCAAGAUAAAGAGGAGAACAUUUAAUCGAAGCUCGCCGAUAACCGAGACUUCAAAGACUUACUGCCGGUUAUUGAGAGCUCCGGCGAACUCCAGCACUUCUCUCUUUAUUUUGAGGGCAGUUUUAGUGGCAUUUGAUCCUCGAAUGACUGUUCUGUAGUCCUGGGAAU